CAAUUCGGGUCGUAAAGAAAAUUAGCUCAACUGGUCAAAUAUCGGCAAUCUCUACAGAAUUGCACUCGCGCAACGUUAUUCUAGAAACUUCCUUCCUUACCAUCCAGAGCACCAACAGUUACGUUCGCAUCACAAUUAAGAGAUGGCGUUGCGAUAUGUUUAGAGAAAAUUGCGACGGAGAUCUACACCUCUGUCGAAUACAGCUCUGGUUGUUAGACGAUAUAACGAUCAAAACCUUUCCUAGAAACGAUUACUUAAAACAGUGUCUUUGCACGUGUGCUUGUGUAAAUUAAUGUGCGAAGGAGCAACCGACGCCCGUAGUGGAACCGUAGCGAAUAUGAAUACAAGCAGGUUUGAUCGUCCGAACAAUUAACUUUCGAUGUCGAGUGACAUGUGUAAUUAAUUAAAUAAUUGUUAUGGUAUCUGCGGUGAUUUAAUUCCUCGUUGUGUCGUGCAAUUUUCAUUCCAAAUAAAAUCAACAAUGUCUACGUGACUCGAAAGCGACGAUUCGAAUCGAUCUUGGCAUUAGGUAUAAUAUACAAGUUUGUCACCGGGAAGGCGGUUUGAUCCGCAGGGCAAAAAGUGUUUCUCACCGUACAAGGCGAUGCACGUGAUUCACGAAGCUUGUGCUCGCGAGCUUUGAGAGUUCGCAGUUAAACGGCAAAAGAAAACAAAAACAAAAAAGGAAGACUGGAUAUUUAUCGAGGGGUAAAUAAAACCGAUCCGCGUAUCUACGUGACGACCUCUCGGAAUUUAGAUGAGACGCGUCCUCUUCUCGGUUCCAACCGCGCUUCUUGCCCGUUGUUUAGCUCGGUUCAAACUUUUUUACCCGGGCCCGUCACUUCGACGUCUCCGAGAAAAUAUUCAAUUUGCCGUAGUACCGCAUGCCUUUAUACAGCUUAUACGUCCUUGAAAAUUAACUUCGUCGCCGAUCGGCUUAAAUAAUAAUUUGCAGCGCAUAGCUGCGAGCCCCACGUUUUUUUUUCUCUCUUCCUCUCUGUGUACCAUAUAACCCCAAGGAAUAUAUACGAUGUACGGAAAAUAAACACAGUUGCAGUGCGCAGUAAAGUAAAUUACUCAAAACAUUAUGGUGAACUCUAUGGUGGGCCGGAGUGAAAUAUAUUAUGUGCCAAUACUUCAUCAAAUUCGAGAUGUGGUUUUCGGUGACGUUCCCUCUCUAGAAAUGGUCCUCAGGGCGCCGGGUCUGGAUGAGAUAAGCUCGAAAUCUGAGGGCGGCUUUCGGCCUCACUCAGUCGUGCAAACAUUCCUCUUCGUGGUGUGCUCUGCCUGCACGCUCAUGGGGCCCCGUCAUAACACACGUUCAACUGGCGCCAUCGUCGCCGCCUACGCACGCCUUGCAUAUGCGAGCUGGAAAGACAGAAGUAUUGACCGAUGAUUUACAAAAGGCAGACAAACAUGUGGAUCAGAUCAGAGCGGCGCUUACAGGACUUAGUAAACGGCUUGGAAAUGCUCCGAGUCAAACGCUUGCCCAGGAUCCGGCUCAGAAGGAAAAGCGAUUGAAAAAAUGCCCAGAAUACGUUCUUGGGCAAAUGAUGAUAGAAAACGGAUCGGAUGAUACUCUUCUCGGAUCUACGUUAUUGGAAUGCGGGAAGGCGCAGAUUGCACUAGCUCAUGAAGCUGUGGAUCACGAAUCCAAAGUCGAUCAAUACGUAGCAACACCUUUACAACAGAUUUUGGAAACAGAUGUACCAAAUAUAUUGAAACAUAAACGAAAUUUAGCUAGACUGACUUUAGAUAUGGACAGUGCAAGAACUCGCCAUCAACAGGCGACCAAACACAGCGUAGGAAGCACUGGAGCAACAAAAGCUGACAGCUUAAGAGAAGAAUUGGAAGAAGCUGAAGGGAAGGUGGAACAAUGUCGCGAUCAAUUAGCGGCUGAAAUGUUUCAGUUAAUGUCACGGGAAACAGAUUUAGCCCAAACCAUUAUUCAGUAUGUAAAAUUACAGAGAGCGUAUCACGAGAGUGCCUUACAUUGCCUGGAGGAUAUGAUUCCUCAAGUGGAGAGCUACAUAAAUGACAAUGAAACGAAGCCGGUAUACGGCUACCCGCUGGAAGAGCAUUUGCGUGUGACAAAUAGAAAAAUAGCCCUACCUAUUCAAUUGUGCGUGUCCGCACUUUUAAGACUCGGUAUGGAGGAAGAAGGCCUUUUUCGGAUAGCCGGCGGUGCUUCUAAACUAAGAAGAAUAAAACUGAGCUUUGACGCGUGUUGUCUGAGUUUGCCUACGGUCCUGGAAUAUCGGGAUCCUCAUGUGGUUGCUGGAGCUCUGAAAUCAUACCUACGAGAACUACCCGAACCUUUGCUCACCUAUAAAUUAUAUCCUGAAUGGAUGGCAGCUGCUAAAGUUUCCCAAAAUGAUGCAAGACUGCGUGCUCUCUGGGAGGUCCUGUACAAGCUACCUCCAGCAAAUUUUGAAAAUUUGAGGUUCCUAAUGAAGUUCUUAUCUGUGCUUACUAAAAAUCAGGAUAUCAACAAAAUGACACCACAGAAUAUAGCCAUUGUUAUUGCUCCGAAUUUAAUUUGGAGCCCACAAGAAGAUGGUAAUACCAUGGUAAUGAACAUGAGCACAGCGAACAACUCUAGUCUGAUAGUAGAUCAAUUGGUAACAUAUUCCGACUGGUUCUUCCCUGGAGAUAUAGAUUUUGAUCGUGAUUUAGACGUAAGUUUUCUUAAUGGUUCGGAGACACAGGGUGUAGGGAUGAGACGAGCAAUUUCGAAUAGCAGUCUCAGUGAUCACGGCGGCAGUCCUCCACAAGGGAGUCCGAAACCUGCAACUCGUAGAAAAAAUAAACCUGCUCCAACACCACCCAGCAGCACCCCUGAUAAGCAUGAUAAACGAUUUGAUGAAAAAUUACCAGCCACACCAGAUAAACCACCAAGACCAAUAGUAACUGCUACAUUAAACAGGGCGACGUACAAGUCACACAAGCAUGAUAAUGUGGAAACUGCGCCUAUUAAUCAUGAUAACAAGUCUGAAAAAGUCGAUAGGAAUCUAGAAAUUGAUGUAAAACCUUUAGGAUUUGAAAUCAUUAAUAAAACAGAUUUAGUUAAGGCUGAUAUCCAAGUUCAAGAGAAACAACCAGAACCUAAGUCACCUCCGAGUGACGUGACAAAGAACAACGAAAGUAAAAUUGAGCAUGGGAAACAAGAUACCAAACAUCCUCCUCCCAUCGGAUUUGAAGCUCUGCAUCAAAAGGAUAUCGAAAACAGUCAAAGUCGAUUAAUUUCGGAUCUGGAACAUACAGAAAGUAUUACAAACAAGCAUAAGCCUGUCCCUGCUGAAAAACCUUCACCUUCGACUCUCGAAAGGCGAAGAGUACCUGUUGCUGCUCCAAGGUCUUUAUCGACUAUUAUCCAUCCAUCUCCAGAUGAUAUUGUGGAGUUACGGAGAAAAUCGGUAGACAACAAUAUAACGUCCAUAAGUGUGAGCAGCGUCGAGAGAAGUGGUAAACCAGCUAUUCCAGAACGUCCUGCUGGCCUAGUGCGACCGUCUAGUCUUAUUAGACCUGCGCAUCGUCAGAGCAAUGAAAAUCUGGAUGUAGAGUCAGGACCUUUGACAUUGGAACGCACGCACAUGUAUUCGGUGGAUAAGCAACAGGUUAGUAUAAUCCAAGUACGCGGGAACUUUGUAGGCGCGAACAAUUCAGGUGACCACGCAUCUGGUUCCGGCCCAAAUCUUCAGAGAAGUCCCAGCGUCGGAAGUAGGCCAGCAUCGAUGUCAUUGCCUGGUGAAAAUAGACCUGAGAAACCGCCAAGGCCCGAUAUGCCAGAGCAGAUAAGAUCUCACAGUAGGACGAGAUCAGAGGGAAACAUAAUUGAUGUCCAAACACAAACUGAAACAGUUAUUGUUCCUAAAACACCCCAGCACCCGCCUCCACCAUCGCCCAGAUUUCUCCAACGACCUCCAAGGCCACAACCACCGCCGCCCCCACCUCCAACAGUCAGGGCCAAGUCUGAGCAUGAAAGUACCAAUCUCUAGGUGAGAAGUUCAUUUCUGUUACUUAUCAGCGAUUUCUGUUUGCUGUUACCUAGUAGCUAUGAUUUGAUAUAAAUGUUUAAAAAAUUUCAAAUGAUGCCAGAAGCGAGUUUUGUGGUAUUUGGAGUAAAAACCUUUGUUGCUCAUUAAAUUUGUACAAAUCCAUCUAUGCCGCAACUAAAUAAUGAUUGUGUAGUCUUUUGAAGAUCCAGUCUUUUUGAAUCAUUAUAAUAAACUUUAUGAAAGGCACGCUAGAAGCAUAAGAAUAUUUUUUCACAGGUAAAUUUGUGUGAGCUUAGAUAUUUGCAAAAUUUUUAAAACCGAAAUUCAAGUAGGUUUGAGUUGGUAAAACAAUUCGCUUCAAAUUAAUUAAUACAUCUUACAGAGGGUCACAGUUUAAUCUGAUCGAGCUUAUCAAAACGUGGCACUCAGCCUGAAACUCAUGUCUUUUGUUUAAAAUACUUUACUUCGCACAAAGAUCAGUAUGCUUAUACAAUUAAAAUACAUCAUUUUUAUUUCAUUGUUUUUUUUUUGUUUUCAAUUCUCGCUGUGGACCAAGCGAAAAUUUAGCAAAAAAGUUUUGUUUUUUCGUGUUUCUCUUCGAUGUAUGUUAAUGACAUUUGAUAAUCACAUACCUAGUGAAGUUUUAAAAAGUAAUUUUAAGGUUGCUUUGUCUGAUCAUUUUUCAUUAAUUUUUUUACAUUGCUCUUUUUACACUAAAUAUACUACAGGGAGUAAAGAAUGACAAUUAUCAGGUGCUAGAAAACUAUAUUCUUUUUGAUCCCUAAAAGUGGUUCAAUUACUCAAUGAUAAUACUUACCGAUGCAUGAAAUGUGAUUUAGGCACAAUAUUUCUAACAAGUGACAACAAAUGAAUUAAAAUAGAUUUUUUUGGAACUUGUUAUACUUGUGUUAGGCAUAAAGUAAUCACGUAUCAUUUGAUUCGAGUUUAUCUGAAACAGUUUCCUGAACUAUUUGAUGUUUUUUAGCGAAGACAUUACGAAUAUUGUAUAGUUAACAUAAGAUACCGCACGUAUACGUGUUGAAACAGUAUUGAAAACUUAUAUCCAAUAGUAUGAAAUAUGUAUUGAGGAUCAUUAAUUUUUCACUAUAAUAAUUGGAUUUUUGCCGAAAAUUAUAUCGAGUUGAUUAACAUGGACUGUUAUUUUGCAUUUUAUCAAAUCAUCUUCCUACUAGACGAAUUCGUCGAUUCAUGUUUUGUUGGAUAGUUUCAAUGUAGGUAGGAUAGAAAUAGUAAUCUAUUCUGAAAUCACACUAAGAAUCCAACAUGUGAUAGAAUUACUGUGGAAAUUUAAUUUUAAAUCUAUAUCAAGGGACGUAUAUCGAUACAAUAGUUAUAUAUUAAAUGAACGAGUGCUAAGCAUGAAUAAUAAUUUUUAUUGUCAGUUAGCAAUGAACUGAUUGAGGUUUAACGAUAAAACGUACGAGUCAAAGGUUUUGAUGAUAUAUCAUGAAGCAAUGUGUACCUAAUUCAGAACUAGUUGCACCUUCAAAUUGAUGCAUUUAUAUAAAACAGUGAAUAAUAUCCACUGGUCAUAAAUUGUUUUAUACAUACAUACAUACGUUAUAUUAUACUAUUGCAUUAACUGUCUAAUUGUACUUUUUAACAUAGGCAUCAAUUAGGCAAAUCUACAUGGUAAUGAAAUUAUUUCUAGUUAUGUGUUAUUAAAUUUUUUAAAAUAAUAUAUUUUAAAGGUCUUACUAUGAUAUAAUCGUAAUAAAAUGACAUAAUUUUAGUGAUUAAUUUACAAUCUUAUAUUGCUAAUUGCUUAGGGCACUUUGUUUACAAUAACGGCUUAUUGACUGAUUGAGUAUGUCCUGUGGUUGUCUUCUGUCAGUAAAAUUGAAUUUAGUUUCAUUAGAUAAUUACUUUUAUUUCAUAAGUAUUAAACUAAUUGGUUUCAAUGGAAAUUAUUUGCUAUAAUUUAUAUAAUAUUGUUGAACUAUUAAGAAUAUAGGAUCAGCGUGCAAUUUUAAAAGUCGAUUCGUAUUACUGAUGUAUAAAAUUCUGUACUCUAUUUAUAAUCAUUUAAAAAUGAUUAAAAACGAAAUUCGCGAUUCAUAAAAAGAUUGUACAAGUCGCCGUAUCUGUGUGACUAAGAGAGUGGAGAUGAAGCAAGGUCACAAAACUGUACUGUUUGAUCAAGUAUCCUUUGACCAGGGAACACAGGACGUUGAUGAAUAAUAUAAUAUCGUACCUCUUCUAUUUUAAUCGGUAAUAAUAAUAUGUGCUGAUCGGUUGUUUUCUGUUUUACAAGUAUGGGAUAAAUACCGAUGGAACAAGUAUCAUGCCUAAAGAAAGCUUCGGCUGUGAGUAUUUUGGAGCAUAAAAGGAUUUAUUUGUACAUAAAUAAAGCAUAUCUCUACUCAAAAUUCUAAAA